UGAAUUAACCCCAAAAAAAUCGUAGCCGAAAACAAAAAUCGAAUUUAAAAAAAAAAAGAUUUCAGCUUUAAGCAAAGAGAUCAAGCGACUGAGAGUGGUGUGGAGACAGAACCAACCACGAUCUGUGGUUUGUUGUCCUUUUUUUUUUCCUUCCUUUAUUUCACCAAUCUCACCAAAAAAGAAAGUCCCUUCCCGACACUCCCAUUUGAUCGGAGCUCGACAUUGCUGGGUUCUGUUUCGCCGCUCCGGCCGUGAGAAAGAAAGAGAUUUAGGGUAUAUAACAUAUGGAGCGGUACGGUCGCGCCGGCGAAGAAGAGUCGCGGUCGGAUCCAUCACUUGAAUGGACCGCUCGAGAGAGCGAAACCGGUAUCGAAGCUUCGAUGUGGCGGUUAGGGUUGCGAGGCGGUGGAGGUGGAGGUGAAUCGUACCCGGAACGACCCGAUGAGCCCGAUUGUAUCUAUUACUUACGAACCGGUGUUUGCGGGUACGGGUCGAGAUGUCGGUUCAAUCACCCACGAAACCGUGCACCGGUCUUGGGAGGUCUCAGAACAGAAGCUGGAGAGUUCCCAGAGAGAUUGGGACAGCCCGUCUGUCAGCAUUUUCUGCGAACGGGAACAUGUAAAUUUGGCGCUUCUUGCAAGUAUCACCAUCCUAGAGGAGGAGGAAGAGGAGACUCUGUUACUCCUACCUCACUUAGUUACAUGGGAUUUCCAUUACGCCCGGGCGAGAAAGAAUGCUCAUAUUACAUGAGAACGGGUCAGUGUAAAUUCGGUUCUACCUGUCGAUUUCACCAUCCUGUUCCUCCUGGUGUACAAUCUCCAUCACAGCAGCAGCAGCAACAGCAGAGUCCAGCUCUUUAUCCCUCGCUUCAGUCUCAAUCCGUUCCUUCAUCACAGCAAUUUGGAGUAGUUGUAGCAAGGCCUCAGCUUUUACCAGGCUCAUAUCUUCAAAGCCCUUACGGUUACAGCCAAAUGGUUCUUCCUCCCGGUAUGGUUCCAUACUCAGGCUGGAACCCUUACCAGGCUUCUGUAAGUACAAUACCUUCGCGUGGGACUCAGGCGUCUAUUGGAUCAAGCUCUGUUUAUGGCAUUACGCCGUUAUCUCCUUCAGCACCUGCUUAUCAAUCCGGUCCAUCUUCAAUGAAGGAACAAUCUUUUCCUCAGCGACCUGGACAACCCGAAUGUCAAUACUUUAUGAGAACCGGAGAUUGUAAAUUCGGAGUCUCUUGCAAGUACCAUCAUCCUCUGGAAGCAGCAUCGCCAAAGGGAGUUACUCUUAGCAAUAUUGGCCUCCCACUUCGUCCUGGGACAGCGCAAUGCAGCCACUUUGCGCAACACGGGAUUUGCAAGUUUGGUCCUGCCUGCAAGUUCGAUCACUCCAUUAGCUCUUCUUCACUAAGCUACAGCCCAUCCGCUUCUUCGCUCACUGACAUGCCCGUCGCGCCUUACCCUCUCGGGUCCUCAUCGCUCGGCACAUUAGCUCCAUCAUCGUCAUCCUCGUCUGACCAACGCACAGAGCUUCUCUCUUCAAGCUCCAUUAAACCCAAAACCACAACAAGUGGUGGCUCAGAAACUGUGGCUACUGGAGUCUCUUCUUCUUCAAUGACAAGCGGUGUGAGCCAUUCCGAGACUGCUGAGACCAAAAAUAAUGACUCGGCUAGCAUUGAAACUAAGACUUCAAAUUAAAGAGACAAACUCAGAGGAGACAAGAGAAUCUCUCACUAUUCUUCUUUGAUAAUUAUCUCUCUUUUCUUUCUCUCUCUCUUCUUCUUUUCAUCAAACUUUCAUGAACUCGGGAACAAACAAAAAAAGGAUUUUUUUUUUUUUUUUUUUGGAGUGGAGACAGCAACAAGAAGCAAAAGCAGAGAGAGACGAAAGCACCUCUAGUUCUCUGUGUUAUGUCUCUCCUCUUGGGUCUCUCUUACCAUGUUCAUAUUAUUCCUUCAUACGGCCAUCUCCUCUCUCUUUUUUUUUUUUCACUUUUCGAAACGAUUAUUAAUAAAUGGCCUUAUUAUUUACGAAAAUCCCUGAUUCUUGAAAAUCCCCUGUUACUUUUUAAAGU